AAAAUGUACUACCGGCGCACACCAUUGUGCGACUAAAGCUGCUGAAAACAUCCGUGAUCAAAGCAACUAGUAAAAGCAUCAAAAUCCCAAAGUGCUUUUUGAUUACUGCUGUGAACUAGUGAGCUGACAAUCAUGGCGAAGAGACGCGUCGAGGACACUUUGCUGCACGACUCUCCCUCCAAAAGAUGCUGCCGCUCACUUUGCGGUGUUGACAUGCAGCUGGAAAGCAUGGUUCCUACCGGGGGUGUGAGCCCGCCGUCCUUGCUGGCUCUUCUGGGCAGCCGCUGCAGAAAGAGGCCUCUCUACUUCGAAGACCCGGAGAUACAAGAAGAGGCAGCGGCUGCCCUUUAUCGCAAGCCCACACACUGCGACACCAGAAAGCAUGCAGCUAAUGUUUUGACGGUGCAGACUUCUGGAAGUUUCCAGGAACGGCGCAGCUCCAGCACGCCAACGAGCUCCAAGAAACGGCCUCGAGAGGACUCCACGGGUACAGAGACCGCGUGUAAAGCCAAUGAUAAGACUGAUGAAGACUCCAACCCUGAAGACUGCAGCUACAACUCCUUCCAGUACUGGAGGGUCCCCUUACCUGAACUUGAUCUUUCCCUACUGGACGAUGCCAAUGACUUUUCCCAAAGAAAAGAUGAGUCAAAAGUCAAAGACUCUUCUUCUGCUGAUGCGAUGGAAACCUGAGGAUGACAGGUGCAAGAGAGUCUGCUCUACUCUGUCCUUACAUCAGCAGUCAAACAUGAUGAAAAUAUGAUGCUUUUCACCAGAUAAGAGACAUAAAAAGCACAUUGAGGUUGCUUGAAGUGUAUCCAGGGGAGAUGCAGCAACCUGAUGUCGCAGUCCGCCAAAGUAGCCCUGACAGUGCUUUAGGUUGUGACUGAGCCUCAUGCAUGUGUAAGAUCUCAGUGACUUGGCCCAAGCAACAAUAACAUCCGUGCUGCAAAAAUUCUGUUCUUGCAGUGUUGUGAAAUUUUAGUAAACCUGUGCUAAGGGUUCCCUUAAGUUGUAGAUAGUUUCCACAGCUACAGUAUGUGUGAAAAGUAUGUCAGACAGCCUGCUGUGCAAUGAUGACUAAUACUUUUGUUUCGUGCAGAAUCUCUAACUUGCAAACCCAGUGUUUUAUACAUAUAUUAAAGAAAUUAGGUAUGAAAACUGGGUCUGCACAUAACAGUUCAUAUUAUAGUCCAUAAUAUCUUUUCACUGUCUUUGUUUUGUGUAACACAUUCCAAAGUUGUUCAUAGUUUAAAUGUAACAUAUAAAUGUUGGAUACAAUUUUAACACCUUAUUAAAGAUUUUACUGUUUA